GAAGAGAAGCUGCGCAUGCGCGUGGAGUUGAGAGCGUCUGCCCACGUGGGUGCAGAGGUCCAUCCAUCCCGUCCUGACAGCCUGCAGACCUGGCGGCAAACCACCUCCGGUCCAUUCAUUCAGGAGCAGCAGAGGUCUUCUCGGGACUCCGGAGGUGAGCAACAUCUCAACGUCUCACCGCAAACAAAGUCGGAAGCUGCUGCGCUCAUGGCUGUGGUGAGGUUUUACAGUGAUGAAGUGGCGAACGGGCGAGCCUUACAGAGGGCAGCCAAGCUCUACCCCCAGCUGUCGAUCAGCACUGAACUGUGCUACAACGUGGAGCUGACAGGCUGUGACAGUCUUAAGGCCGAGCAGAAGGAGGUUCUCCUCUGGUUGUUUCGGCCUCCGCUGCAGGCAGAGCCGCUGUCUGAGAAACCAAACCUCACAGAGGGCAGCGGGGAGAAGCUGGUGGAGAUCGGACCCAGGUUGAACUUCUCCACCGCCUGGUCCACCAACGCUGUGUCCAUCUGCCAGAGUGCCGGCCUCAAUAACGUCACCCGGGUCGAGCUGUCUCGCAGGUUUCUAAUCAAGCCAAAGAAUGGAGAGAGCGUGAAGGAGCUCCAUGGAGAUAUAAAGAAGUUGAUUGAGUGUCUGUAUGACAGCAUGACAGAAUGCAUCUAUCAACAUCCCAUCACCUCCUUCGCUGUGGAGAUCAAACCACAGCCGGUGUUUGAGGUGGACAUCGUCGGGAAGGGUCGUCCAGCCUUGGAGACGGCGAACGACGAACUGGGUCUGGCCUUUGACUCCUGGGAUCUGGACUUCUACACGUCGAUGUUCCAGAGGAUUAAAAGAAACCCCACCAGCGUGGAGUGUUUUGACCUGGCUCAGUCUAACAGCGAGCACAGCCGUCACUGGUUCUUUCGGGGCCGAAUGGUGAUCGAGGGACAGGAGCAGAAAGAGACGCUCUUCAGUCUUAUAAUGGACACUCAGCGGCACAGCAACCAGAACAACGUCAUUAAGUUCUGUGAUAACAGCAGUGGUAUCAAAGGGAUGGAGCUGGAGUGUGUUUACCCAAGAGAUUCAUCUCAAGCCAGCUCGUAUGAGACCCGACGGUCACUGAGACACGUCAUCUUCACUGCAGAGACACACAACUUCCCGACAGGUGUAGCUCCGUUCAGUGGCGCCACCACAGGGACAGGAGGUCGUAUCAGAGAUGUCCAGAGUGCUGGAAAGGGAGGCCACGUCAUCGCCGGCACUGCAGGAUACUGCUUUGGCAACCUGCACAUACCAGGUUACGCUCUCCCCUGGGAGUCUUCAGGAGACGGCUGGGAGUAUCCGUCCAGCUUUGCCCCUCCGCUGCAGGUGGCGAUUGAGGCCAGUGACGGAGCCUCAGACUACGGCAACAAGUUUGGGGAGCCGGUCCUGUCAGGUUUUGCUCGUUCCUUCGGCAUGCGGCUGGCUAAUGGAGAGCGGCGAGAAUGGAUUAAGCCGAUCAUGUUCAGCGGUGGUCUUGGUUCUAUAGAAGAAACGCAUGUGAAGAAAGACGAGGCGGAAGCUGGAAUGGAAGUGGUGAAGAUCGGAGGGCCGGUGUACAGAAUUGGUGUGGGAGGAGGAGCGGCCUCCUCUGUAGAGGUGCAGGGCGACAACUCCAGCGACAGGGAUUUGGGCGCAGUGCAGAGGGGCGACGCUGAGAUGGAGCAGAAGAUGAAUCGCGCUCUCAGGGCGUGUCUGGAGAGAAGCAGCGGGAACCCAAUCUGCAGUAUACAUGACCAGGGGGCGGGAGGAAACGGGAAUGUGCUGAAGGAGCUCAGUGAGCCAGCGGGAGCCGUAAUCUACUGCAAUAGAUUCAAGAAAGGGGACCCCACACUGAGUGUGCUGGAGCUGUGGGGAGCAGAGUAUCAGGAGAGCAACGCCCUGCUGCUCCGUCCAUCAGACAGGAGCUUUCUGGAGACGGUGUGUCGGAGGGAGAAAUGCCCUGUCGACUUUGUGGGAAACAUCACAGGAGACGGCAAGAUUGUGCUGGUGGAUGAUGAAGGAGGCAGCGGUGAUGAGGCAGACAGGGGGCGUCGUCCAGUCGACCUGCAGCUGGAGUGGGUUCUGGGGAAGAUGCCACAGAAGGAGUUUAAGAUGGAGCGCUUGGCCGUCACCCAUCAGCCACUGGCUCUUCCUCCCGGGCUGACAGUCAAAGAUGCACUAGACAGAGUUUUACGUCUUCCUGCUGUGGCGUCCAAACGCUACCUGACCAACAAGGUGGACCGGUCUGUGACUGGGCUGGUUGCCCAGCAACAAUGCGUCGGCCCUCUUCACACCCCAUUGGCCGAUGUGGCUGUUGUUGCUCUGUCACCGUUCAGCCUGGAGGGAGCAGCCACCGCCAUCGGAGAGCAGCCAAUUAAAGGUCUGGUUUGUCCUGCAGCCGGGGCUCGCAUGGCUGUCGGUGAGGCUCUGACCAAUCUGGUGUUUGCCAGAGUCACAGGUCUGAAGGAUGUGAAGUGUAGUGGUAACUGGAUGUGGGCCGCCAAGCUGCCAGGUGAGGGAGCCUGUCUGUGGGACGCCUGCAAAGCCAUGUGUGAGGUCAUGGGCCAGCUGGGAGUGGCCAUCGAUGGUGGCAAGGACUCCCUGAGUAUGGCUGCGAGAGUGGGCAAGGAGACGGUCAAAGCUCCAGGUGCUCUGGUUAUUUCGGCAUACGCAGUUUGUCCUGACAUCACAGCCACAGUGACGCCCGAUCUCGAGGAUCCAGAUGGCAAAGGCGUGUUGUUGUGGGUUCCUCUCAGUCCAGGUCGUCAUCGCCUGGGAGGCUCGGCCCUGGCUCAGUGCUACAGCCAGCUGGGAGACUGCUCUCCUGACCUGAGCCAGCCGGAGUUAUUGACCGCCUGCUUCGACACCACACAGACACUCAUACACGAUCGUCUGCUGAGUGCAGGACAUGACAUCAGCGACGGAGGUCUCAUCUCUUGCCUGCUGGAGAUGGCGUUUGCAGGGAAUCGUGGGAUUGAUGUUGAGUUGACCUCACAAGGAACAGGAGUCAUGGAGCUGCUGUUCAGCGAGGAGCUGGGUUUGGUUCUGGAGGUUUCAGAGCUCCAUGUGGAAACUGUGCGUCAGAGAUACAGCGACGCAGGCGUGCAGUGCCAUCGUGUCGGCAAGACCUGCGGCUUCGGACCAGAGGCUGUGGUCAGCGUUCGUGUGGAUGGACAGGAAGUGCUGAAAGAGUCUCUGGCGAACCUCAGGGCAUCAUGGGAGGACACCAGUUUCCAGCUCGAACGCCUCCAGGCCAAUGAAGUUUGUGUUAGACAGGAAGAAGAGGGGCUCGCCAAGAGGACACAACCCUACUUCAAACUGACCUUUGACCCCUCGGAAAAGCCCAGCUUCAGCCAGCCGACUGCGGUUCAGCCUCGUGUAGCUGUGGUCAGGGAGGAGGGCAGUAACGGGGACAGAGAGAUGUCUGUGUCUCUGUACAUGGCCGGCUUUGAGGUGUGGGAUGUCACCAUGCAGGACCUGUGCUCCGGCUCUCUGACGCUGGACUCUUUCAAAGCGGUCGUGUUUGUCGGUGGAUUCAGCUACGCAGACGUCCUCGGCUCGGCUAAAGGUUGGGCUGCUACGGUUGCGUAUAACCCUAAGGCCAAGGCUGAGUUUGAUCGCUUCAGGCAGCGGGACGACACGCUGAGUCUGGGUGUGUGUAAUGGUUGCCAGCUGCUCGCCCUGCUGGGCUGGGUGGGAGAGGGCGUGGCUGGAGCAGACACCGACGUAGUGCUGACCCAUAAUAAGUCCGGCAGGUUCGAGUCUCGCUUCGUCAGCGUUGGCAUCCAGGAGUCUGCGUCCGUCUGGCUCAGAGGCAUGGGGGGCUCAGCUCUGGGAGUCUGGGUUGCACAUGGAGAAGGUCUGAUGCAAUUCCGUAGCUCUCAGGCCCAGGACCAGAUUAUCUCUGGUGGGCUCGCCCCUCUACGUUACCUCGACGACCAGGGUCACCCCACCGAAGAGUACCCUCUGAACCCUAACGGCUCCCCGGGGGGCAUAGCGGGGCUCUGCUCCAGAGACGGGAGACACCUGGCCAUGAUGCCCCACCCAGAGCGCUGCACCCUGGGCUGGCAGUGGCCCUGGGCCCCGAGGGACUUGAGACCAUCUCUGACACCGUCACCGUGGCUGCGUAUGUUCAAGAACGCAGCUGCCUGGUGCAGCAGCACACAGUGAUGAUACUGUGUUUGUUUCUGGUGCUGUCAAAGCAGUAUUAUUGUCUUUGUUGGGUCGUGUGUGAACUGAAACUGUAAGACCUGUUUACAUGACUCGAUCAUGUAAUUUCAUCUUUUUACUUCCUGUGGUACUCUGAUGCAUUAUUACUGAUACCUGCUGUAAUUUUUCAACUAUUGUUGAUUCUUUUGGACUUUGUUUACAUUUUUAUAGGUAUCAUUCUGCUAAUCACUUUAUAUUUUUACAACACUGUGCUCUAGCUCUCAGGUCUGCUGACAUUAUCAGUGUUGUUCUGCUGAAACUUUGAAUUUGAAAAUAAAUAAAUCAAAGAAGCA